UUCAGUCCGCGAUUGAUUGGAUAGUUUAUCCAAUUUUACGUUCUACAAAAAAAAACGCGCCGGAACACGCGUUCAUCAACAUUCAUUUAACAGUCGUCAACUGUAAAAUUUCAAAUUACGAUUUAAUUAAACAUGAAAAAAAUUUUUUUUAACUCAAUCAUAAUUUGAUAUACAUAUAUAUAUAUAUAUUUAUUUAAUUAUAAAUAAUUAUUUUUUUCUGGAUCAAAAUUAGCCUUUAUCAGUGGAUGUGUAACUUUGAUAACAAAAAAAAGUGAAAAAGUGUUCAAUUGUACAUAUCAAUAAAUUUUUCAUACCAGUGUAUUUUCAGUGGUGAAAAUCAGUGGUAAUAAAUGAAUAUAAUAUUAUUUAUUGUGGUGAAAUAAUAAAUUAUUAAAAUAGCUGAUAAUUAAAUGGAUAAAUAUCAUUAAAUGACUAAAGGUUUGAAAUAAAAAGUAGUGACAAAAGUAAACUGGUGUUGAAAAACUAAAAAUCUGUAAUAAUGUAAUCAGAGUGUAAUAAUUAGCUCAAUUGGGCGUUCAAAAAAAAAAAAAAACGUUUAAAUUCACAAUGAAUAGCACUCGAAGGUUGGCGAUUAUAACUUUGCUGACGAUUGUUGGAUCGUUGGUGUUAACAGAAGCAAGAUAUCAUGGUGAUGAUAGUCCAAGACAUCGACAUAGACAUCGUCAUGAAGUGUCAUCAUUGACCGCAAGAAGAAACCACGAGUCUCAUAGAUUAGAGGUUGACGAUGACAUGAAAGAAGAUGAUGAAGAGGACGAUGAAGAAGACUACUACCGUCCAAGACAUUAUCAACCAAGAUUAGAAGCACCGUAUCGUGGAAGAUAUCAUGCAAAUAUGAGGCAUGAAGUCAACUUCCGGCAUGUUGAAGAUGCAGAACGUCGAAGGCGAUUUGGAUUUAACAUGAGAGGUCAUAGAACACGCCCUUGGUCUUACAAAGAUGACUACACCUCGAGGAAUCACGACAUAGAUCCUGAUGAUGUUCAAGAUGACACUGAAGACUAUGAUGAUUACGAGAGGCCACCACGAUGGCAUUAUUUAGAUGAUGAAGACUCCUCAAGGUGGAGAAGUUAUCCAAUUCAUAGAAAAACUGAUUAUUACUUCUCUCAUCGUGAUUGGAUUGAGUCCAGGAGAGAAUGGAGAGCUCGAAAAGCUGAUCUAGAUCAUCGAAGAAAAAUGAAUUAUCAGAGAGAAGCUAAAAGGUGGUAUCCAGAUGAUGACUAUGAUUAUGACAGCGUUGAUGAAGCUGAAAAAAAUGUUAAAUUGGAAGACGGAUCCAGGAACAAAAGUAAAAAGUUUAAUGUCUCGGAAGUGAGUGCUGAUGAUGAGGAGGAUAGUAUCUGGAGGGAAGCUGAAUCAGCUGAAGACGAGGAUGAUUCAGAUAAAAUCGAUAAUGAUUUUUUUAAUGAUGAAACAUCUUCUUCUUCGAGAACUUAUGAUAAUAUCAUUAAGAGAUUAACCUCCAAUGACCCCAAGACACCAAAACCGCCAAGUGUCAAACGUGAUUACAGAAACAUUGAGAUUGAAAAGUAUCUCCAACGAGACACAUAUGGUAAUCUCAAGUACGAGCCUAAAAACACAACUAAAAAUUUCACACGGCCUAGUAGUGGAUUCAAUCGGACAAUAACUAAAAAAGAACCUACAAAUAAUAUUAAAUAUUUAAUAGCUCCAAGUCAAAAGACAUCAAUUUUUAAUCUGGACAACCGCAAGAUUGAACAGAAGAAAUUAAAUUCUAAGAUUUUAGAGCCUCGAGCUAAGAUCAAGAAUCUGGAGCAAGAAGAUGAGGAUUACAGUGAAGACAGACGUGUAGACAUUCAAUCUGACGUGACGAUUGGGGAUAAUACAGAAGAAAAAGAGACAGCUGAAAAUGAUGCAUUUACUCCAAUGACUCCAUCUCCAAUGGUAUCUAAAAUGACAACGACUUCAUCAAGGCCUGUCAUUACCGUCCAACAGAAUUACGAUCGUCGAGACUCACGUUUAUUCAGUUCUACAACUCCAAGCCACAAUGAACUACAAUCAAUUCACAAUUCUCACAAAGUUCAAACCAAGGAGAGCAGAAGUCAAGUAUACAACAAUAAAAAUGAAAAAUCUGAAAUACGAGAAGCCAGGCUACAUGCAAUGAAGGUAUCACGAGAAGGUAGCUGUCAGUGGCCACGUGCGAGAGUUAUUCCUGUUAGAGAUGUCUAUCCAAGUCCGUCGACAACUUACAUUCCACACUGUGCAAUUCUUCACAGAUGCUCUGAUGACACUGGUUGCUGUAGAUCAGAAGCUCUCACUUGUGUCCCUAAAAAAUCACAUAAAGUUGAACUUUAUUUUUAUACUACAAGCAUUGAAGGUGGAAAUGUAGUGGAGAAGCUGUCGUUUUACAAUCAUACAGAAUGUGAGUGUAGAGAGAAAAGCGAGUACGGAAUAACGAGCGAUAGCAGACCAUCAUCAGUGCAGGAGACUGAGUUCAGGUCUCAUCCUAGUAGACAACAACAUCAAUCAGCAAUGCCUCCACAGAAUAUAAGAAGGCCACCACAAAAGAAGCCAUGCCGAUGUCCAUCUGACUUCACGCCACGAAUUACUCUUGAUGGUGAAUGCCAGUGUAAUUGCUACGAAGAAAAUCAAAAUUGUAUUCGUGCACGCAGAGGGAAAGGAUAUUUUUCUCUAAGAGAUCGAUUAUGUAUUCAAAAUGAAGAAUGUGCUGUUCCUUUGUGUGAAUUUGGUGAAUACAUAAAACGACAAGGAAGAUGUCCAAGGAAAAAAGAUAAAUUCAAUGAAAUAGCAAACUAUCCGAAUCACAUGAAUUUCAAUCAUAGACAUCGCAGUUAAAUAUUACUUAAAAAAUUGAAAUAUUAUUAAUAAAUAAAUAACUUAAAUUUAAUUGAGAAGGCAUUAAAUUUUUAGUAAAAAUAAAGUGCCAAAUGAAUUGAUGAGAAUUGUUGCAAAGACAAUACCUUUUAAUGAGUGCGUAGAUUAUUGUAAUUGUGGUAGAUGAAUGUGCAUUAUAACGUCGGUGCCAUUUUUCAAGUGUUUUUAUUAUAAAUAUCAAUUAAAGUGUCAAUUAAAACGUGUGAAUUAUUGGAUUUAACACAAGAAACGUUGUUGGAGUUAUUUGUACAAUGGAUAUUUCAACGAAUAAGCAGAAAUUCUUGAUUGUAAUGCAGGUUUUGAAGUUCAUAUGAACCAUCAAAAAUCACGUAGAUCUGUAUUGAUAUGAAUCUUCGAUCCAUGAAAGAAUAUAAAAGCCUUGUUCAAUGUGGGUGGCCUAUGGACACGUGCCUAGUCUGAGGUUCUGCUUUAUACCUGCAAAUAUUCAAAAAAAUGUUUUGAAAUCAGAUAAUUUUUAUAAAGUUACUUAAGUAGUUAUGAUUGAAUAAUUCUAAUGGAUGAAAUAUAAUUUAAUAAUCAUCAUUGAUAAGUAUAGAAGUCAACGAUCAAAUCAUAUAAUUUUUACAUUAUAUACUCACAUUUUUGUAUUGUAUCAUUAUAGUUAUAGACAAUA